AUGGUCGAUUUUGCAGCAGCACAGAUGAAGCGUGGUGAGAUCGGUGCAAGCGGUGAGCAGCUGAGCGUAUACUGGAAGAGAAAAGUCGCACAAUCUCAGACGCAGAGUGUGCACCUUCGGGAGGAGAGUGAAUGCGGACGGUUCGCCGUCCCGCCACCACGAGCGAGUCGUCCCAUCCCGGAUACUCAGCGUGGAGACCCGUCGAGCAACCGCAAGAUCCGCAGAAGGAUCCCGUCAUGGCUUAGAUCGUAG